AUGGCACCAAGACGACUUUCAUAUGUAAUGCCCGUACCGGAGCAUCUACAGAAGGGCAAAGAGGAUGCUAUCUCCGAUUUAAAAAUGAUUCACAAUGAAAUCAAAUACGACUGGCCACAAAUAUUACAAAGCAAUGCCAACCCCAUUGAAGUUGCAGUGGCAUUUCUCGAUGAUACAUCAGUCGGAUUGGCCCACAGGUUGAAAGAGUUUAGCGGAUUUAAAAGAAGAACUGAGGGCGUUUUAAGACAUGUAGUUGAUGAGCAUUAUGAGUUGUUUAGUAAUAGUAUAGGCUCAUACCAUAUGUUGUUAUCUUCAUUAAACCAAUCGAAACAAGAUUCAAAAGAAAUUAAAGAGUUUUUGGAGCUGUCUAAGAAAGAGGUGUCUGAUCGAAGCUCGCUUUUGGCCGAAUUGGCUCAAAGUUCGGCGAGGUAUGAAGAAAUGAUUGAAAUACUAGAUGCAAUCAAGCUAUUAAAUAAUGUCCCAGACGAAAUUGACCAACUUAUAGCAGAGAAAAAGAUUCAUGAGAUCUACAACGUCAUUUCCAAUGCUUACAAAACAGCUGAACGAUAUAGCUUGUGGUCGUUGCCUGCAUUGGCUGAAGUAAAAAUAUAUCUUGAGGAACAAUCAAACAAAUUGCAUGAUAUGAUUGUUGAUGAAUUGCAAAGCGAGAUAUACUCAAAGAAUGACCGGUCUAUAACGAAAAAUGGAGAGUCAAUAUGGCAAACGUUGAUUACAUCAAAAAGUCCACAGAUGGCUUCAUUUAUCACAUUGUUGAAGCUGGAAAAUUUGGAGCAAUAUGUUUACAACUCGGCUAACUUUGAUAUUUCAGAGGUGGUGGAUUAUUUGACCGAGCCAGUAAGAAAAUUUUUAUUUGAACAAUUGCUUGACUUGCACAUCUUUAGCACUGGAGAAGAAGGUGCAGUGAAUUACAAAGUAUUGUUACAAACAACACUGAAUCCAAAUAGUGAAUCUUACCACUAUAUUUACAAGCUUUUACUCACAGCAUCAAAAUUAGGAAGAUUAGAUCAGGUUGUAGCAACUUUGGUUCAAAGCAAUCAACUGGAAUUACAAGGGUUGAUAAAUAGAACUACUGAAGAAGUCAAGUCCAAGAAUGGCCAUGCAUUGUCAAAGUUGAUGAAAAAUCUGCACUAUGUUGAAAAAGAUAGCUUGUUUGAUGUUAUGACAGGAAACAAUUUCAAUGAUUCUUCCGUGGUUAUAUUGCUGGAACUAUUUGGAUCAAUAAUUGUCAAAUGUUUAAUCACAUUCCAAAAGCAUAAAGUUGUUAACGAAGUAUGUGCCUUGCUUAAUGGAAAACCUGCUUCUACGAUCUCGCCAAACGCAACAAACAUAGCACCAUCAAAUGAAUUGCUGUACAUUUGGAACAUUACAAAGUCUGAAAUUGAGAAUUUGAUUAUGAGUUAUAUAUACAACGAGGAGGCUUACAGCUUGGGAACACAUUUACCAUUACUAGAUCAGAAGAAUGCUAAAACAUCGACAUCAGCAACAACAACAACAACAACAACAGCAGCGGGAGCAGCAACUUCAUCAUCUAUAUUACCAACUUCUGUUGCUAGUUCUACUGCGGCAAUUAAGCAGCAGAGCAUGAAGAACAAGUUGUUUAAAUUUGAAAAUGUAGACUGGAGCACCACAAAAUCAGCACAAGAACUAGCUAGUUCUCUAACUGAAAUUUUCCCGGGAUUCCAUCUUGAGGAUGAAGACGAUAAAGAUGCACUUGAAAUGAAGACUCCUUAUUUUGAAGACGAGGCAUUUAAUGAUCAACUUGAAGUUCUUGUGCCUAAAAAUUUGUUCAACAUGAGGAUUAUACUUGAACCUUUUUUAAUCUUCAUUGAUGGUUCGCAUAGAUUAUUUGCCAACUUUACUGAGCCGAAAAGUACGAAAAGUGUUGGUAAGCAAGAUGCAUAUCAAUUUUUCAAUACUUUUAUGAAGAGUUCAUUUUUGUCCUACUUUGAAGAUGCAAUUGAGUUGGUUUUUGGUGAGCAAGUUGGUGGAUCAUACGCUAAAGAUGUGUAUACCGGUGCUACUGAACCGUCUGGUUUGAAACUUGACUUGAUUUCAUUGAAUAGGGAUUCUCAAUUAAAACAGUUGGGAAAGAAUAGCGUGAGCAAGCUUGACUCGAACCUUGUGAUUUACGAAAAUGCGUAUAAUUUCAAAAAGCUUUUCUUGGAGCUUUGUUUGAUUUUGAAUACUUCCUUGACGUAUAGGGAAGAAAUUUCGAACUUGGUGUUGAAGACAUUACAAAGUUUUGCUACUGAGUAUGGAAAAUUAUUUCAAGAUCUUUUGGCCAGUAAUGAGGGACAAUUGAAUCGACCCGUGCUGCGAAUUAGUAAAUGGAUGAAUUUACAUACGCUCUCCGAGUUUAGUGGUGAUAUCUUGAUUUUGCGAGAACAACAGAAACAUCAGCAACAGCAACAGCAUGAGGAGCAACAAGCUUCUGAGAAAUUACCUUUGCUUGUUGAUGCUGAAAAUAGGGUGAUUUUAGCAGAAACAAAGGAUGUAGCUGUUGUUAAGGAUGACUUGUUGGAUAAUGACUCGUUGACACAAGUUGUUCAUCUUCUUCUUACCUCGACGUGGGUUUUAUCAUGGAUCCAUUUAAUUAAAAAGGAAUCAAAUUACAAUAUAUUUGAUGAUGAGCAAAACCGCGAGGUGGAUAUCUCGGUUGUUGAGAAAUUGCGCUAUAAUUGGUCGUUCUUGGAGAGUGGGCGUCCUGUAAUAAAUUUUACAGCCGACACCAGUGAUAUCACAAAGAACAAUAUAUACCUUGCGCUAAAUCUGGAUAAAAAUAUCGAGUUUGAUAGAAUCGUUCAUACAUUUAAAGCUAUUAGAGACCAUACUGUUUUGGCAUUGCGUUAUGAGUUGCGAAGCAAGGCUAUCUACUAUGUGAGUCUUUCAUACAAUGUUAUGGAAUGGGUUCCAACGACGGAGCCGGGUGAUGCUGACCCGUAUAUUGUUCUGUUGAACCAAGAGAUAUUUGCCAUUGAUAAUAAACUUACUAGAGCAUUAAAAUAUGAUAAUGAUGAUGAUUAUGGGGAACUGGAUGGCGAUAGUGAUGAGAAGGAGAGUGUUUUUAUUGGGUUUAGUCAAUUUUUGAACGACUUGAUUAUCCAACGCUCAUCAACGGUGAAGAAGAUUAAUACCAAUGGUGUUAAACGCAUCUUGUUGAAUAUUUCAACUUUGCAACAAACAUUGAGGAGUUUGUCAUCUAAUCCUGCUACAAUUGAUUUCAAUAAAUCACUAGUGUAUUUUGAAAUGUUUGCCCUCAAUGAAUUUAGUAUGUUGAAUCGAAUCAAGCAGAAUGGUGACAAGCUUACCAAGGAGCAGUAUUAUAAUCUUGCUAGAUUGAUUUAUAGUGAGAAAUUAGCUGAUGGUAAUGGCUCGCUGUUUAAUAAAGGAAAGUACAAUGAGUUGAUCAAAAAGAUUGAUGAAGUGUUGAAAUGA